ACCUCGGUGAUGAAGAGCUGGAAGGGAUUUUUCCUCUGGAUUCAGACAAUAGAGAUGUCACACGCAAAAAUGUGGUGCAAGACAAGGCAAGUGAUGGUUUUGAUUACAUCGAUGCUUUUGUGGGAGGUGGGUUCAGGAUCAAUUCAGUAUGCCAUGCUGGAGGAGACAGAAAGUGGCACGUUUGUGGCCAACCUGACUAAGCACUUGGGGCUAAGGGUGGGAGAACUGGCUGCUCGGGAUGCUAGAGUGGUUUUCAAGGGGAACAGACAGUAUUUGCAGCUUGACCCUCAGACCCAGGAUUUGAUGCUAAAUGAAAACCUGGACCGGGAGGAACUGUGUGGCUCCACAGAACCUUGUGUGCUGUCUUUCCGGGUGUUACUAAAAAAUCCUUUGCAGUUUUAUCAAGCUGAACUGAGAGUUAUAGAUAUAAAUGACCACGCCCCAGAGUUUCCUGCCAGAGAAAUGCUCCUUAAAAUAUCAGAAAUAGCUCCACCUGGAAAGAUAUUCCCUUUGAAAAUGGCACAGGACUUAGACACUGGCAGCCACAGCAUUCAGAGCUACACUGUCAGUGAUAACCCUCACUUCCACGUGCUCACUCGCAAUCGCAGCGAUGGCAAGAAGUUCCCUGAGCUAGUGUUGGACAAGGCUUUGGACCGUGAGAAGCAAGACCAGCUCAGACUAAAGCUCACUGCGGUGGAUGGUGGGUCUCCGCCCAGGUCAGGGACCACAGAAAUUCAAAUAUUAGUCUUAGAUAUAAAUGACAACACGCCGGAAUUUGCUCAGGAGCUCUAUGAGGUCCAAGUUCCUGAGAACAGUCCCAUUGGCUCACUGCUUAUUACAGUCUCAGCAAGAGAUUUAGAUGCAGGACCCUUUGGGGAGGUGUCUUAUGGACUGUCUCAAGAUGAUGAUGUUAACGAGCCUUUUGAAAUAAACACAAAGACAGGAGAAAUUCGACUGAAAAGCACGUUGGAUUUUGAAGCAUUCCAGUCUUACCAUGUGGAUGUCGAGGCCCUAGAUGGUGGCGGGCUAACAGGAAAAUGCUCCUUAGUCGUCCAAGUAUUGGACGUGAAUGAUAACGCUCCAGAAGUGAUCCUAUCCUCACUCAACAGCCCCAUCCCUGAAAAUUUGCCAGGUAUCAUAGUGGCAGUAUUCAGUGUUUCAGAUGCGGACUCUGGAAAUAACCAGCAGGUUAUGUGUUCCAUAGAUGACAAUCUUCCGUUUCUUCUAAGACCAUCUAUGGAGAAUUUCUAUACUCUGGAAACAGAUGGGGCACUAGACAGAGAGAGCAGAUCUGAAUACAAUAUUACCAUCACAGUCACCGACAUGGGCACACCCAGGCUCACAACCCAGCACAACAUAACAGUGCAGGUGUCUGACAUCAACGACAAUGCCCCUGCCUUCACCCAAACCUCCUACACCUUGUUCGUCCACGAGAACAACAGCCCCGCCCUGCACAUAGGCACCAUCAGUGCCACAGACUCAGAUUCAGGCUCCAAUGCCCACAUCACCUACUCACUGCUGCUGCCUCAGGACAAGCAGCUGACCCUCACCUCGCUGGUCUCCAUCAACGCAGACAACGGGCAACUGUUUGCGCUCAGGGCUCUGGACUAUGAGGCCCUGCAGGCCUUCGAGUUCCGCGUAGACGCCACAGACCAAGGUUCUCCAGCGCUCAGCAGCCAAGUGCUGGUGCGCGUGGUGGUGCUGGACGACAAUGACAAUGCGCCCUUCGUGCUCUACCCGAUGCAGAAUGCCUCUGCACCCUGCACAGAGCUGCUUCCCAGGGCUGCAGAGCCCGGAUACCUGGUCACCAAGGUGGUGGCAGUUGACCGCGACUCUGGCCAGAAUGCCUGGCUGUCAUUCCAACUGUUCAAGGCCACGGAGCCUGGACUGUUUAGUGUGUGGGCGCACAAUGGCGAAGUGCGCACCACCAGGCUGCUGAGCGAGCGCGAUGUGCCCAAGCACAGGCUGCUGCUGCUGGUCAAGGACAAUGGAGAACCUCCACGCUCUGCCAGUGUCACUCUUCAUGUGCUGCUGGUGGAUGGCUUCUCUCAGCCCUACCUGCCUCUGCCAGAGGUGGCGCAGGACUCCACAGAGGAUGCUGAAGAUGCGCUCACGUUAUACCUGGUUAUUGCCUUAGCAUCUGUAUCUUCGCUCUUCCUCUUGUCUGUGGUGCUGUUUGUGGGGGUGAGGCUGUGCAAGAAGUUCAGAGCGGCCUCUCUCGGUGGCUACUCUGUGCCUGAGGGACACUUUCCUGGCCAUCUGGUGGAUGUCAGCGGCGCUGGGACUCUUUCCCAGAGCUACCAGUAUGAGGUGUGUCUGAGAGGAGACACUGGGACUGGUGAGUUCAAAUUGCGAAAGGCAAUUAAUCCCCACUUUCCUUCUGUGCCCUCUGAGAGGAACACAGAGGAAAGUCCUACUCUUCGGAAUAGCUUCUUAUUCAUCUAAAUACUUUAGUAAGCUAGUAAAUUCUGUUUAAGCUUAGAAAUAUCUUUUAACCUAUAUCUGCACGCUAUCGAUGUGCAUUGACAGAAGUUUAUGCUCUUACUUUUUAUGAUAGCGCCUGGGAAUGGAAUCCAGUGUCUCAUGCAUGUUAGGCAAACUAAACCACUGAGUUAAAUCACUUUUCUUUUCCUUUCUUUUCUUUUCUUUCCUUUCCUUUUCUUUUCUCUGCUUUUCUUUCUUUUCUGUGUUUUGGAAACAGGGAUGUUUCUUUUUCUUUUUUCUUUCUCUUGCUUAUUUAUUUACAUUCCGAAUUUUGCCCCCUUCCUGGUUCACCCUCCAAGAGUUCUUCACUCCAUCCCCCUUCUCUUUUGCCUCUGAGAGGAUGCUCCCCCACCCUCCCACCCCCUCAUUCACCCACUCACCUCCACCUCACAUCCCUCUUUCCUUGGGGCAUCCUGGCUGCCCUGGAACUCACUCUGUAGACCAGGCUGGCCUUGAACUCAUAUCGAUCCCCUGCCUCUGUCUUCUGGGUGGUGGAAGUAAAAGCAUAUGCCCACCACAGGUUUCACUGUGUAGCCUGAGAUGGUCUGAAUCUCACUAGAUUGACCUGGCUGUCUUGGAACUCAGAGAGACCCACCUGCAUCUGUCACCUUAGUACUGUGACUAAAGGCUUUUGCCGUCACACUUGGCCUGUCUGUACCAUUGCUAUUAUUCUUGAGAUUUUACUUUUUAGAAAGACAGUUUCUGGAGAUUCCACUAGUUUCUCUACUAUGCUUCAUAGUUUGUUUUUUAAUUAGUGGAACUAACCUGUAUUUGACAAGUUAAAUAAAAAUAUUUUAAUAGUAUAUGAACUCAAACAAUCUUUUAAGUAUACUAUCAUGCAAAGUCUUUGAGAUUCCGUUUUACACAAGUUAUUAAAUUAAUUUUACUAUUAGAUUGAAGAAUUUUUAAAUGUGAACACUUGAUAUUACUGAAUUUUGUAAAUUUAGUCUCAUUUUGUGGUAACUGGUUAUCAGGUACAUCUUUUAAUAUAAAUGUAAGGAACUCUAAAUGCUAAGACAUAUACCUUACUUAUGUAUGCACAAUUAGGAAUGUCUCUGUGCAUUCUAAUAAUCAACACAUAUUUCUUAAAUGUAGAUUUUACUGAACUGUCAAUUCAUUAAAUUAUAGUUUGUGAACAUUGUGUAAGAAGAGUAUGAUCUUUGAGCAUCAAGAUAUUUACAAAAGUUGAAUAAAUCUUUGCUUAAUAUU